AUGGACCUGAAGACUGGCUCAUUGCUUGUAGCACCAGCGGUUAAGAAUUCCAGUUGCUCACAUCCGCGUUAUACUGGCCACAAUUUUAUAUUGCAUAUUGGCAUUGCGGAGACCAUUGAGGCAGUGCUCAUUUUGGUCCUAACGCUGGGUGUAAUUGGGGCCAACUGUCUGGUCAUCUUUGUCAUUAAUAAUCGUCGCUAUGCCGCCUACAUACAUCAACAGCCACGUUAUCUGCUCACAUCGUUGGCUCUGAAUGACCUGACAAUUGGUCUGCUAAUUACACCGUUUGGGCUAAUGCCGGCAUUGUUUCAUUGUUGGCCAUAUGGGGAGAUCUUCUGUCAGAUACAGGCAUUGUUGCGUGGUGCAUUGUCGCAACAGAGUGCCGUUAUUCUCGUCUGCAUGGCCGUGGACAGAUACAUGUGUGCGUUGCAUCCGCGACGUUAUUAUCAGCACUCCAGCAAGAAGGGUUGCGUUGCCAUUUUGAGCUUAACAUGGAUUAUCAGCCUGACAGUGUUCGGAUUUCUCGUACUGCCGAAAGGCUACUAUUUCAACAACACGGGCCUAAUGGCCUGCGAGCCAUUCUACAGUAAACCCUCGUAUCGAAUUUUAUCAACGUGUGCAUUAUACUUUCCCACCACGAUGGUGCUGAUGUACUGUUAUGGUUCCAGCUUUCACAUGAGUCGCUUUCGACUAAAUGAUCCAACCAUGCCCCUCACAGCGGCCGCCCACCAUCCACAUCCACACCAUCCGCCACAACAACUGCAGCAGCACCAACAGCAACAACAGCAACAAUCAUCGCACAUAUUUGGACAUGGCGGACAUGGACACUCACAUCAUCCCCAUCAUCACCAUCGGGCACCAGUUAUGAACCAUUUGAGCAUGGCCAUGAGCAUGGGCCUCGUUGGGAUGCCGAGCAUGACAAAUAAGAUUACCAAGAAGAUUGUGCCCAUACAGGAGAAGAACUCGAGUGGCAACACGUCACGUUCUAUGGCCGCAAUUUCGCUGGGUUUCAUUGUUAUGGUCACACCGUGGACCAUCCAGGAGAUCGUUACUGCAUGCACGGGCUCCAAGUUGCCUCCGUUUCUAGAUUUUCUGGUCACCUGGACAUCUUUGAGUAACAGUUUGUGGAAUCCCUUUAUGUAUUGGCUGUUAAAUUCGGACUUUCGACGCCUAAGCCGUCAACUGAUGCCCAACAAAUGCUUUCCCAACGAGGAUACGCCAGAACACAAAUCAGCCUGUUGUCACAUCAAUGCAAACGAUUUUGAAAUCACAACGCUUCCGAUGCCACCCGAGCCUCCCGUCUCGCGUCCUCCGGCCAACAAUGGCGGCACAAGCGGAGGCGGUGGGGGAUGUGGUGGCGGUGGCGGUGGCAUUAGUGGCGCCAUUGGCGGCUCUGUGCUUGGCAUCUGUGCGCGUUCCAGAGCCAACAGUUUGAGUCGCAGCGCAUCGCAGUACAUAAGAGGCACUUUGGGCGGCGGAGGAGCACAUGGUCAUGCUCAUCAGCCAGCGGGCGAUGGCUAUGCAACCGUACGGCCAGAUAUUGAGGGACUGUCCGAGAAGUAUUGGGGUGAAAUCCUGGAGCGCACCGUCAGCUCGGGCAAUCUGCAUGCCAUGCAGAAGACUUUUCCACACUUUCCCUAUCAUCAGCACAGCGGCAUUGGUGUCCAUGGUCAUGUGCAUCAGGUGCAUCAGCCGCAACAGCAUCAGACCACCUCGUUUAGUAAGCACAGUGAUCUACAUUUGAACAUAUCCACGACAGCCCAAGAGGCCACAGCAGCGGAGCUGAGCAAGUUUUCCACAUCGGAGCCAAAGCUCUGCGAGCAUCUCUUCCAUGAUGCCAAUUGUGCCAAGAGUAAACUGCUUGGCAACGCCGCAGAUGCAGCUGCAUCUUCCUCCGUCUCCACGGUGGCCUCUAAGCUGGCCAUCGGUCGCAGUAUACCGGACAUUUAGUACGCAGAGGACGUCAUACUUGCCAACAGUCAACUAGCUCGAAAGGCCAAAUGCACCCACCAUCCGCUGCAUCAGCAGGCCCAAGCCAGGGCCAUGUUGCAUGCCCCCAUCCAUGGUGGACACCAUACGGGCAGCCUGCGACUGAGCCGUGUCCGGGUCUCCUGUCACAGUCCCCCACCAUCGAUGGCGUCGGUUGGCGAGGCGAUGGCCGAGUAUCGCAAGUAGCAUGAUAAUUACAUUAAGGAUUAAUCUGAUCUGCGGUCUAACCAUGAAUGUUAAGUGUUUAAUGAAUGUCUGUCUAAAAUAAACCAUGUCUCAUAGAGUUAAGCGAAA